UGGGCACAAUUGGUGUCACCUAAAUUUAUUUAAUUUUGACCCAAUUCCGGCAAAACUUCCACAAUUUACUUAAUAGCAUUUUUGUGAAAUUGUUUGUUUUUGUUGAAUAAGCGGGAUUAAUUCAGCAUUUAUUUAUCCAUUGUUUCAUGGUGUCUAGCGUGAAACCCAUAAAUAAAUUCAAGGCAAAUGGGUAAUUAAUGAAUAAAUCAUUUAAGGAAAUCCACUUUUUUGCACUUUACUCGGGAUAAAUAUUUAUCUGGAAAUCUCAUCUCAUUGCAUGACAAUUGACGCAACUGUGUAGACAUUUUUUCACUAUUUAUCAACAAAAUCUUUAUUUGCGUAGACAUAUAUCAUUUUCCAAAAUUUAUGUAUCUCUUUCGUGCGCAACCGCUACUGAGUGAUGCCAAUGACACUUAUAAACCACAACUCGGUUAUGGUCAAGUUUAGUUUACCCGUGCUUAACCAUUUGAUGCACGCGAAUAAAAUUACCUAAGCUAAAAUGACCGGACCUGUGAUUGCUGGCUUUACGAAAAGUGAGUGCUUGUGCGAGCCAGAAGAAAUCAAUUUCGCCCAAAAUGUCGACGAAGACGCUCACAUAACAGUUCCCGAAUGGCGCCUCCACAAGGUCCAGUCCCCCAUCGAGCUGAAGCACGACGAGACCAACGAAUACGACCACUUCGAGCCCUUAGAGUUCCACGGGCACUGGGACCACGGGGGCGACGCCACUUUGAACAACAACGGCUUCACAGCAACUCUCCGGUUCCAAAACCGCGAAAUGCCGGUCCUGGUCGGGGGCCCCUUGCACGAGGACCAGUACAUAUUCGAACAAUUGCAUUUCCAUUGGAGCGACGAUGAUCACAGCGGAUGUGAACAUAUUUUCGAAGGACAAGCGUUCUCAAUGGAAGCGCAUGCCGUUCACUACAAUAAAAAGUACGGGGAUUUUAAAAACGCGGCCGACAGGCAUGACGGGCUCGCCGUUGUGGCGUUUUUUCUUAAAGCCACAGAUGACGACGAACAUCCGUGUUUCAACAAAAUGACAGAAGCGGUGAAAAAGAUCGAUAAAAUCAACUCGACGACCAGUCUUCCCAGCGACUGUUUGACUUGGAUCAGAGAGGCGGCCCAAUGCAAGGGCUAUUAUACAUAUCAGGGGUCUCUGACAACAGAGCCAUACACCGAGAGCGUCACUUGGAUUAUUUAUCCGACGCCCAUUCACGUCUCACGCGAACAAGUUUCAGAGUUCAGGAAAAUGAAAUCGACUCCUUGUGAAAGACACAACAUUGUUAAAAAUGUACGACCGAUUCAGACGCCCCCAGCGCAUAAAAAACUCGACAUCAUUUACGCAAGAUCGCACAAAAUGAGCGAAUAAUUUCAGUAUUAUUUUAUUACAUAACUUUUUAACAUUAUGUAACCAGUUUAUUACAAAUAAAUUCAUAGUUUCCAGA